CGAAGGUUGGCUGCCAGUUCGUUGCAUCAUCACUGACUGGGCCCUAGAAACCGGCGAAACGGUCACUUUAACGUCUUCUCCCCCUCACUAUCAGCUUACCGCUGCUAGGAGGGAGCGCCACCGUUCCCGCCAUGCGAACAGCUUCUUCGAACGUAUGACUACGUGCUUUGCCGACUUCGCGCCGUCCUCACCCUGCCUGCUAUAGCCACAACUCAUCGUGAUAAUGGAUCUUGCAAGGAGUCUCAUUCGGAUCGUAGCUCGCGCGUUCUACGAGACCCGUCACAUCCUGGUGAUCGAUGCUCUUUUCAUACACUCAGUCCUCCAUGCGGAGGAUCUAGCGCUCCUCCUGGGGAUGCAGCAGAAGGAUCUUCGGAAGCUCUGUGGCCGUUUACGCGAGGACCGCCUUAUCGCAGUCCACUCACGCCCUGAGCUCCGCGAGGGCCAAACGCGCCCCGUGAACCGCGAAUACUAUUAUAUCCCUCUUCAUCCCGUCAUUGAUGCCAUCAAGUACCGCGUAUCCCGCCUUACUUCGACAAUAAAAACUCAAUACACACCGAGCGCAGAGAGGAAGGAGUACAUCUGUCUGCGGUGUCAAGCGGAAUGGACCCAGCUCGAGGUUCUCAGCCACGUUGGCCUGGACGGAUUUGAAUGUCAACGAUGUGGGUACUUGCUUUCGCGAGCGGAUGAAGUCGAGGGUGGCGGCGCGGCUGAUCGCACCGGACAUGAAAAGAACAGCAAGCUUAUGGCACAGCUGGAUCCCAUGCUGAAACUCCUGAAACAGAUUGACUCUGUCGAGGUGCCCCCAAAUGAUUUCGAUACGGCCUGGGAUCACAAGGUUGAUGUGAUUCGAAAUCAAUAUACAAAUCCAUCCAGGCCUGGUGUGGUUGUAUCGAAGCAAUCUGCAGUGAGAGGGAUUUCCAAGACCGAUGCAUCGACUCUUGAGGUUUCGCUUACCUCGACUGCAGAAAAAAGUGCAGAAGAGCAGGCCAGAGAAGCAGCUAGGAAAGCAGCACUUGAAAAACAGAACGCUCUUCCUAUUUGGCAUACGCAGUCCACUGUCAGCACGGAUGUCCGACUUCCCCAGGUUAAAACAGAGCCUAAUGGUGUGAGCAUCAAGCCUGAGGUGGACAUCAAGCCCGAGGUUAAGGAGGAGCAGAAACCAGAUAUCGACAGUCUAGACGACAGCGUUGCCGCAUAUUAUGCGGAGAUGGCACGCGAGAAGGAGAGAGAAGCCCAGGAGGAUGUGAGCGAAGAGGAAUCCGAUGAGGAAGAAGACGAAUUUGAAGAUGUGGAGAUCACACCGAGCGCUGUCGGUACGCCUGCAAACCAGGCCGAUGCGACCAAAGCGCCAUCCGUCAAUGGCUCCUUGAAGAGAGAGUUAGAGUCAGACUCUGGAAGCAGUGCGCCUCAGACCAACGCGCCCACGCCUAUCACGCCGGGCGACGAAGGGCCGGCGGCCAAAAAAAUCAAGCUUGAACCAGAGGUUAAAAAGGAGGAAUCCGACGAAGAAGAGGACGAAUUCGAGGAUGUUUAGAGGUGACUCGGCUUUUGUAAUCCUGUGCGACAAAUAAAUUUCCAUUCUUGGCACGGCAAUAUGGGUGUUUUGCUUUUAUUCCCGAGAUUAUUCCCGCCUUAGUUAAGGGGAAAGCCUGGCUGGCUUCUACUCUAUAGGUCAGCGUGCUGAAUUGGUCGAAAAGUCAAAUUUCGGAGUUUUCUUGCAUCGCGAUGAGCAGCAACGGGGGCUUAAUGGUAUGGAGGGGAGCUUUUAGGUAUGUUGAUUGAAUUCAUCUUCCAUUGGUUUUCAUUUCCCCUAGUUUCGUUUUCGAGAGUUUGUGGAUUUGGGCCGGUUUAUGGAUGGCUACAUAGAUGCAUUGAGACACCUCUUCUGGACUGGUAGGAUUGGUAUUUGUAAAUUAUCUAGACCAGAUUAUCGGGAUAAAUUUGACGUGUGCAAGAAGAAGGGUAUGGCCACGGAGUG